AUGGAUGCGGAGAUAAGCCUCAGAAGCUGCGUCAGAGGAGGCACGGAAACCAUGAGGCCAGAAGCAGAGACGAUGAUAUCUCCGGUCAAGGCUGGAGGAGGCCAGGCGCAUGACUGUUGGAGGAGGCGCACAUGGAAGAGGGCGGCUGGAUGUUUCCAAGCUGUUGCGCACAGCCUUUGGAGAGAACGUAAUGCGCAGAAGCAUGGGGAGUCAUUAAUGGAGGUGCAUACUCUAUCAAAGCUUAUAGAUAAAUCUAUCCGUUUGAAGUUACUUCUUUUCCAAGGGAAAGGAAAGAAUUAUCUUGAUGAAGGCUUGAGUAAAUGGUUUGGGACAAGAACUUAUUGA